AUGGAACGACAUCAACAAAGUCCACGAAUUCCAGAAUCGGUAUGGAAAGUGCACGAGGACACGAUACAGCGCGUAUACAUGACCGAGAAGCAGAACCUUGAAACACUCAUGGAGGGUAUGGCUGCUAUACAUAACUUUGACGCAUCGAAGAAACAGUAUCGAGGAAUAUUCCAAAAGUGGGGAUUCAAUAAGAACAACUUAUUAAACGACAUUCCUGGAAAUGACCGAAGGAGAGCAGCACAAGCGCUACCGAAACGCCUGGUUCAGGAGCCAUUUCUAAUUGUAAUAUGUUGUCAGCCUAGCCCUCCCGAGUUUAGGUGGUCUACCGAAGAAGAGAGACAACUAUGGAGAAUCAAAGUUGCCACAGAUACUAUAAUCAAAGGUUCUUUCGGGUCUACUUCUUGUAAAUGGACCUUAGACAACUUCUCUUUCUUUGCUUCGCCCAUCGGAUUAUCCUUAUCAUAUGAAUGGCAAUCACUCGAGUCCCUAUGUACAGCCAUUGCGGAUAUGUCGGGGUCUGGUGUUCAAUCACAUGGCAGGGGAUCUAUUGAACUUCUUCUCCAGCGGACAGAGGGCUUGAAGGAGACAUUGAGCCCCGAAUACUUUGUAGUUCAACUUGCUUACAUAUGGAGGAUAUGCCUCAACCUCACUAAGACACGGCUGCCUUUACCUCGCUAUACUAUACCCGACUCACAACACCCCAUUUCGAUUCACCCACUCGCUCCGAGUUUCCUUUACCGGCUGGAUCAACAAAUGCAAACCAAUUUCCGCGAAGGGGAUCCUGCACGUCAAGUUAUAUCUUCUCUCCUCGUCAUCUUGCGGAUUUCACCUCACAGAUUUAAAUCAGCUCUGAAACUCGCGUACCGCAUGUCCAUCAAGGUUUUGAGAAUACAUUAG